AUGAGCGCAUCCAGGGCCUUCCGACCGCUCGGGCAGGCCUUCAGGCCGUCAGUCGCGGCUCACGCCCGAGUAGGGCUCUCGACGACCGUUCGGCAAGCGUCCACGUCGGGCCCGGCCGGUACUGCUCGUCGGUUCGUCAAGACCACUAUCCUCCUGGCAUCAGGCGCUGCGUUCUUGGCAUACCACUAUGAUUCCCGGUCAAUGCUACAUGACAAGAUAGCGAUGCCAUUCAUCCGACUCUUGGACGCGGAAGACUCGCAUAAGCUGGCCAUCAAGAUGUUGGGGAAUUGGUGGAUACGUCCGAGGGAUAAGGGCGUUGAUGGGCCAGAGCUGCAGGCUGAGCUCUUCGGUCUUCCUAUCUCGAACCCCAUUGGUAUGGCUGCCGGAUUCGACAAGGACGGAGACGCUAUAGAUGGGUUGUUCGACCUUGGAUUUGGGUAUGUAGAGGUCGGAAGUGUGACGCCGGUAUCUCAGCCCGGAAACCCCAAACCUCGCUUCUUCCGCUUGACAGAAGACGACGCCGCCAUCAACCGAUACGGCUUCAACUCACUCGGUCACGCCCACAUGCUCGCUUCGCUCCGAGCCCGCGUCCGUGACUUCUCCCGCUCACAUCCCUCCCUCUUCCCACCACCUACCAAAGGUUCCAUCCCCCUCCCUCCUUCCGGUCUCCCAAGAUCACUCCGUCCGGGACACCUCCUCGCCGUCAAUCUCGGGAAAAACAAGACAUCCCCGGCUGACUCGAACGACGACUAUAUCCGCGGUGUCCGGCUAUUGGGACCAUAUGCCGAUGUGGUGGUCAUCAACGUGUCUUCGCCCAACACUCCCGGUCUGCGGGCGCUGCAGGGCAGAGAAGUGCUCGAGAAGCUGUUGACGGAUGUGGUGGAGGAGCGGAACAAGAUCAAGGUGGAUGGGCUACCAAAGAUCGCGGUCAAGGUGACGUGUGAUCUGUCAGAGGAGGAGCUGGGGGAUGUGGCCAGUGCUGUACGAAGCAGCGGGGUCGAGGGUGUCAUUGUCAGCAAUACGACUAUCAAGCGAGACCUUGGGUUGAAAUCAGCAAACUCGUCCCAAGUCGGCGGUCUCUCCGGUAAACCCCUCUUCCCUCUCGCACUUCAAGCAGUCAAGACGCUCCGACCCCUCCUCCCUCCAUCCAUCCCCGUUAUCGGCUGCGGCGGUAUCGCCUCCUCUUCCGACGCCAUCACCAUGGCCCGCGCCGGAGCAGCCACCGUUCAGAUGUACACCUCGUUUGCAUACCGCGGAAUAGGCGCGCCCCGUCUGCUCAAAGAUGAGAUCUCGGCGGAUCUGGUCCGAGACGGGAAAUCGUGGAAGAGCGAGAUUGGGGCGGACUGGGCGGAUAGGGAGAUGGGAUGGGACGAGAAGAGGCUGGAGAAGGAGAGCAAGGCGCUCAAGGAGGAGGCGGAGGACCUGGGGCGGUUGUUGAGAAAGUCGAGUGAAGAGAAGGAUACGGCGAGGUUGAUCAAGGAGGUGGAGGCGGCGUUGAGCGGGAAGCGGGUGUCUCAGCCGGAUAGCUCGAGCACGGGAGGCGAAGCGGCAGAGGGAGGAGCGAGGGAUAAUUUGGCGGGCGCACAGCCGGGAUCUCCUUCCGCCCAGCCUGCGGGAACACCAAAAGCGGCGGAGGGUGGUGAGAAGUCCGCACCGAGCGCAGCAUCACCGACACCAACGGAUAAAGCGGUCGAGGCGCCACAACAGGGAGGUGUGCACGUCAGCGAGCCAUUAGGUGGGCCACUGGGUCCGAUCGUGGUACAGCAGGUACGGCAGGUGGACGCGCCGUUUGUGCCGAAGCCGAGCGCGUUUACUGGCGAGGUCCGGGAGGGGAAGAGGCGGUUGCCUCCAGGCUAG